UAUGGAAUGCAAAGUAUCGAGUGUUUCCCUCUAAACGUAUGUACUUGAAGUAAAGAUCUUGCGCCCUCUUGCGCGGUGUCCAGGAAGACCACACCAGCAGCCCAACACCCAAACCGAAGUCGCACUUCUGGUCGUCCAGCCAGAGAUCAGAUCCGCUGUGGUCUGUUACCAUCCCGGACUACUCCGAGAUCUACAUACCUAUCAGAAGUCACCAAGCGUGCAGAACAUAACUAUGCCUUUGGACGGUUUAAAGAAUUCUGUCUAGGUGAUUAUAUAUUUUCCUAUAACCGGACAGGAACUUAAGAAUACUGCGAGACGGAUUUUUUUUUUUUCGCUUACAGCAGUUCGACACUCCCAGGUUUGUGCGCUCAGUGCGCUGCGCUCUUCGGUCGUUUGGAGAGCCAACGAUUACAGUUUCCUGUCCGGGACGGAGGGAGAAAUGGCCGAGGGUAACUGCGAUAUCAGCGGACACGGGUCUCGGCGCUGUUCGCUCCCGUCUCCGGAAGAGACCAUGCAGACUUUGAGCAGAUCGUCGAAGUGGGUGCGCUUGAAUGUCGGGGGCACGUAUUUCCUGACCACAAAACAGACGCUCUGCCGAGAUCCGAAGUCUUUUCUGUGCCGUCUGUGUCAAGCGGACCCCGAUCUAGACUCCGAUAAGGAUGAAUCGGGGGCAUACUUGAUUGACAGAGACCCAGUAUAUUUUGGGCCUGUGCUAAACUAUCUGAGACAUGGAAAACUGGUCCUCAACAAAAAUCUGACUGAAGAAGGAGCUCUUGAGGAGGCCGAGUUCUACAACAUCACGUCAUUAAUCAAACUCAUUAAGGAUAAAAUCAGGGAUCGAGAUGCAAAGAAUGUACAUACUCCAGUGAAGCAUGUCUACAGGGUGUUGCAGUGUCAGGAGGAGGAACUAACUCAGAUGGUCUCCACUAUGUCAGAUGGAUGGAAGUUCGAGCAGCUUGUCAGUGUAGGUUAUGGGCGGGCACAGAAGUCAGAGUUUCUCCUGAUUGUGUCUCGGGAAGUGAAGGGGGAGGAGUCGAGUCAAACUCACCCUGCCCACAGCAGAGAGCUGGUUAGCAUUGGUUCCUCUUACAACUAUGGCAAUGAGGACCAGGCAGAGUUCCUGUGUGUUGUCUCCAAGGAGCUUCACAACCAUUCCUAUGGUAACAACAGCCAACCAAGUGAGAAAGCCAGGAUGCUUCAGGAACGAGGAUCUAGAAUAUGAGCUCCUGAAAGAGCCAUGCACUGUAGCAUAUCAGCUUGCAGCCAGAAUAUUCCGGAAAAGUGGGGAGGCCGCCGAUUCCAGCGCAACGCACCUUUCAGCACAAAGAAUGCACACAUCAAACUCUCUAGUGCUGAGCCGAUUCGCUGUAACCAAGGCUCUGUAUGCCAUACAUUCAUUCAAAAUUAAAGGUCCUGCACAGUCAUCCUGCCCUAGGCAUGUGAUUUCAGGAAGUCUUUCUCAUUCAGUAUUGAUAGCAAAAAAAGCCAAGCAGUUAGGUUUUGGUAGAGGACAUAACUGUCAGAUAAAUUAGGCUGUUUUCCUGUAUAAAACAGCACACUUGUCUUUCAUAAAAUAAAAUAAAAAGUUUCAUUUUCAUGUAUCAGCAUAAUCCAAAAGGACACAGGGCCACUGUGCAAGACAUUUAAACUGGAAUACAUAGAUUUGAUGUAAGAGGCUUUAAGCCCACAUCUAUCUUAAGGGGGGGCUUUAGACUGUUCUGCAGGGCAGAACACGGUGGGUCUGAAUCUUAGGGAUAGCAAAAGCAAAUAUGCUUAUUCCUCCUUAUGGCUGGACUGUCCCGGCAAGCCUCUGUAGCUUCAGUGCUGUAGAACAUGAGCCAGUAACAAACCACACCUGAAUGCUAAUAUUUAUGAUGGGGAAAAAAAUUAGUCCAGGAUUUUGGGGUGGGUGGAUAGCUGAUUAAACUGCAUUUCAUUUCCAUGUCUAAACAAGAGUAGGCACUGACCAAAAGGAACCUCAACAGGAUUUGGAGGUUUAUUAAGUUUGUUGAUUGGACAUUUGCCUCUGCAUUGCAGAGUGCAUUCUAACCUCAGGGUUAACAUGAUCUCCAUAUGAUUCAAAAAGGGAUAAUAAUAACAAUUAUUAUUAGUAGUAGUACUAUUAUUAUUAGCAGUAGUAAGAGUAUUAGUGCUUAAUCUUUAAAGGGAAGGUACUUUCUACAUCUUAUCAGUAUAAAAAAGCAAGUAUGGAUGGCAAAAAAAAAAAA